CGCCCAUCUGCAAUGCCCCGAUCACAAUGAAAACGAGACUCUUGCGGGUUGCCGUUUCGCGGUCACUCACUGAGGAGAUACAAAUAUGUCAUCUUUACCGGUUUUCGUUGCAAUCUACGUGUUCGGAGGCAUCACCUUCAUCCCGCUCCUACUUGUUCUCCUCUUCUUCUAUGCCUACCUAACACUACCCCUUAGGAGCGACCCCAUAGACGAAGAUAUAGGUCAGCUCUUAGAUGAAGGAGUUCCUCCCCGGCCACAAGAGCGCUCCCAUGCGGAUUCAAACGGGUUUCCAGCUGAACUCAAACCUCCCACUCAUAUUCCCGAUGUCGCCGCCGGAUACUUCGCUGUUUGUCGAGAAUACGUGCCUGGGGGAAUAAAUGGGAAGCCUCCUGAACGUAUCACACCCGCUGGGACGGUGGUUGCAACGGAGAGCCCGAGUGUAUAUCAGUCUAUGUAUAGGAGCAUCUUCGACAGGAACAAAACAACAAGCCCAACGCUAGACGUCACGAUUGGGAGAGUCAAGAAAGCUCGCAAUGUGUUCUACGUCGUUCUAAGACAUGGACACCUCAUGCUUUACGACGAUUCCGAGCAACUGGAAGUGCGACACGUUAUAUCUCUUGCACAUUAUGAGGUAGGCGUAUAUGGUGGGGGAGAGACAAUACCAGAGGGGGAACUAUGGAUCAAGCGCAACUGCAUUCAGCUAAAGCAAAGACUGCUCUUGGGUAGCCUUACUGCGGAUUCGAAGCCUUUCUAUUUCUUCUCUGAAAACUGUUCAGAGAAAGAGGACUUCUAUCACGCCAUGUUACAAAGCCAAGAACAUGGUGUGGGCUCUUGCAGAACGCCGCCCUUGCCACUGCAAUUCCAUACACCUGAUCUCGUCAAAUUGGUGCAGCAACUUCAUGCAUCCGAAGAAAACCUACAAACGCGCUGGAUCAAUGCACUAAUAGGAAGGCUUUUUCUCUCUCUUUAUAAAACCUCCACAGUCGAGCAGCUCAUUCGGACAAAGAUAACGAAGAAGAUCGCGCGUGUCCCAAAGCCUGCUUUAAUCACAGGCAUAAGCCUACAAAAGAUUGAUAUGGGGGACCUACCACCAUUCAUAACGAAUCCAAAACUGAGAGAAUUGACUGUAGACGGCGACCUUACUGUCGAGGCCGAUGUCAGCUACAAAGGUAACUUUCGUCUGGAGGUUUCUGCCAUUGCCCGCAUUGAACUUGGAUCUCGGUUUAAAGCCCGCGAGGUAACCCUUGUCCUUGCUGGUAUCCUAAAGAGACUGGAAGGUCAUGUAUUGGUGAGGAUAAAACCUCCACCGAGCAAUCGAUUGUGGGUUACUUUUGAAUCGACCCCGAAAAUGGAGAUGACCCUCGAGCCCAUCGUGAGCUCGCGGCAGAUUACCUACGGAGUGAUCCUUCGGGCGAUAGAGAGCAGAAUCCGGGAAGUCAUAAAUGAGACACUCGUGUUGCCAAACUGGGAUGAUAUACCUUUCAGCGACACGGCGCUACACCAAUUUCGAGGAGGCAUCUGGAAGGAAGGCGAGAACACAGCCGUUAGUAGCGAGCAUCCAGGUCGAGACUACGAGCACGAGACUGUUUAUGAUGGCAAAGAGUCCGAUUCUGAAGACUCGGAUCCUCAGCCGCCAAUCCUUUCAUCGAGCGAAAGCGUCCAAAGCAUGCCAAUUCUUAGCGAAGCAACAUUCAAAUCUAGAGGCCAUAUGGAUGUGAAGCUGGAUUCCUCCGACCUUCAGGAAUCCAUUGGCAUGUCUUCUUCGACUGAUUUCAGGUCAAAUACCAGACCCAAAGCCAUGCGGCCUGGAUCAUUUUCGAGCGUUGCAACUCCCGUCGUGAACAUGAACACCGCCAGUGCAGCGGCAGCUAAGGGCGAGGUACGAAAACGCCAGCAAGAUGCCGCUACCACCAUGAAGUCCAUCGCGAAGUCCCAGCCCACAUCACCCACAGAGUCACCUGUUGGCUCACCGCCUCAACCUACUUUGAUCUUCGAUCCCGAAGCACGAAUGAGUUCGAAUGCCACACUCGGAGUAUCUAGGGAAGAUGGCCAAGAUGAAGACUUGGUAGAGGUGUCUACCAGGAGAGUCCUGCCCAUCUCGGUUUCUUCGUCAGGCUCUGGGAUGUCAAAAGAUUCCUCUAGAAAUCCCAGCUAUUUAGGAUUUGAAAAUGGUCAAUCGCUAUCCCUGCCGCGUAAUGCGUUUACUUCCUUAGAUAAGAAGCAAACAUUCAAUCAGUCCUUAAACUCCGCGACAACUGCGGCUAGAAAAUGGUUUGCAUCUCGGCAGAAUCAAGACUCAUCAUCCACAACAUUUAACACUGCUUCCGCUCGUCCGCAAGUGUCAACUCUCCACCGAAGUGGACCCGGCCACGAUACUGAAGGUUUGAAUCAGGCUUUUGGGAGGACAUCCACCCCGCCGAUGCUGUCUCAGUCAAGUCCUGAGUCACAAAACUUGUCACUGGGCUUUCCUACUCACCCUAUUGGGAGAGGACAGCCGUUGCCUCCACCUGGCACGCCUUUACCUCCUCCUCCAAGACCUGAUAAAAGAAAUACAGUCUGGACUGUUCCUGGUGCGGCAAGUCUUGCAAACUUAGCUCGACGAAAACCUCUACCUAUCAACGUAUCUCAAUCCGUCGUGGAGCAAGCCGGCCCCCCUGACUCAUUAUCUUUGUCAGCAAGUCCGGCCGAACCGCACUUAGGCAAGGGAGAUCAUCCAGUCACGCAAAAGGUGAUGAAAGGCCCAAGGCGAAAGUCAUCUUCUAUGUCUACUCAGUCUGCUGUGGCACCGCCUCUUCCACCAAGAAGACAACGGCUUUCAGCCUCCGAUAAUAUGGACGACUGCUUCACUGGUUUACAAGAAGACCUGCUGGUCGUCAAGGCCCCUUCGGCAGACAAAAGUGCUCCUACAAGUCCACUAGAAGAAUCACAGCCAAUAGAAAGCAAUGAGCAUGAGCUUGCAUUUCAUGAUUAG